UUUGCUAUCAUUCGAGCCAGUUGAAGGGACAGCAGCUAGUAUAAUGCAAAAAAUACUUUUGUGGAUUUGCUUCGCAGCGACAGCAGCAGCAAUCGUCGAAGGAUAUUAUUUCACACCAGCAGAAACAUACGAUCCGUACUAUCCGGAAUACUUUGGACAUCCGUGGGAGUAUUUUCCACAAUUAGACUGGCACUCGCCAUAUAGUCCAGUCGAAGGAUUCUACAAUCCAAUACCAUGGGACACACAAUAUAUGAACUAUAUUGCGCCAAGUUCGCUGAUUUCCUACAUCCCGGUAAGGCCGGGAUCGUAUAUGACACCGAAUGUCGUCGUUGGAGGGCAAGGUUACAGCACGAAUCGAUACGUGGCACCGAGCAUGGUGAAGAAGUACCUGGCGAUGAACCCACGGUGAUAGUACAGAGAAUCGGAUGAUGUACACUAGUAGAUAGAUAGUAAAAGUUCAAAUUUUUUUGUAGAGGAAUAAAGUCCAUUUAUUCAAAGAUCCAUUCGCGCUGAUAGUUUGUCAAAAGAAAUAGUGUCUAUAGAGUGUAUUGGAAAGUGAUCGAUCGACAGUUCUAGACAGUUCCAGGGGCGGCAGCAAGGUUCAACUGCUGCUGGUUGAUGGCAUGGCCGGGUAGUGGUGCUACAUGGACCGCUCCUCGGUUGGCGGUAACCGACGUAGCUGCGGGGGUGGGAGCGGCAGGAGCAUCAAUGGCGAGCACUGGGGCAGGUGCGGGGGCUUCUGCGGACCAUCCAUAAGGCCAUGCUGCUGGGUAGUGUGCCGCUGCCCAGGGUGCCGCUGGCCAAUGUACCGCUGCCCAUGGGGAUGCG